UUCUUUCUUCAGUUACCAAGCGAACUUUAAAGCGCGAGGUCGUUUUUUGGAGCUCCGUAUAAAGAAUUGAAUACGCUUUUAAAACUCGCACGCAUGCGCAAAGGCGAAUUAAAGAGAAAUAAAAGAAAAGAAAGAAAGUGCGCACAAGAAUAAAAACAAACAAAUCGCUUUAAGGAAUUUGAGAAUUGUUAUUUUUUGUUCCCCAACCACGUCCCAUCUAAAAUUGGUCGGGCGUACGACCUAUAUAUAUUAUACCUAUAUAUUGAAUAUAUAUAUAUUCCCAUAUAUAUACCCAUUCGAUCCCGACCCAGAAAAUGAGCUCGGCGAUCGUGGGAGCCGCCUCGGCAAUUGGAGGAGCGGUGACGGCGGCCACCAGCAACAGUUGGUUCAUCCCGAUGCUGAUGGCAGCGGUGGCCUAUUUCCAGUACGAGGAGAUCAUCGAUCCGGAGUCCAAACCGAGCGACGUCGGUGGCGACGACAUCCUCGACCACUAUGACUUCAUUGUGAUAGGAGCGGGCUCGGCGGGGGCGGUGGUUGCCAAUCGCCUCACGGAGGUGGAGAACUGGAACGUACUCCUCCUGGAGGCCGGCGGCGAUGAAACGGAACUCACUGAUGUCCCCCUGAUGGCUGGCUAUCUGCAGCUCUCCAAGAUCGACUGGCAGUACAAGACGGAACCAUCGGGCACUUCAUGUUUGGCCAUGCAAGGAGGUCGAUGCAAUUGGCCCCGGGGCAAGGUUCUCGGCGGAAGCUCCGUUCUCAACUACAUGUUGUACUUGCGGGGAUCCAAGCACGACUACGACAACUGGGAGGCCAUGGGCAAUCCCAGCUGGUCGUAUCGCGAUGCCCUGUACUACUUCAAGAAGUCGGAGGAUAAUACCAAUCAGUAUCUGGCCAAUACACCGUAUCAUGCGACUGGCGGCUAUCUCACCGUGGGCGAGGCACCAUAUCACACUCCAUUGGCGGCCAGUUUUGUGGAGGCGGGCGUGGAGAUGGGCUACGAGAAUCGGGAUCUGAAUGGUGAAAAGAUGACGGGCUUUAUGAUUGCCCAGGGAACCACGCGUCGCGGAUCGCGAUGCUCCACGUCGAAGGCAUUCCUCAGACCAGCCAGAUUGCGUCCCAAUUUGCAUAUCUCAAUGAACUCGCAUGUCACUCGCAUUAUGAUCGAUCCGGUGACGAAAUUGGCAUUUGGAGUGGAAUUUGUCAAGGAUCAGAAGCUCUACCAUGUGCGGGCCACCAAGGAGGUGAUCCUAUCCGGCGGAUCGGUGAAUAGUCCCCAACUGCUGAUGCUGAGUGGCGUGGGACCGCGAAAAGAGUUGGCCAAACAUCGGAUACCGCUGAUCAAGGAGCUGAGUGUGGGCGAGAAUCUGCAGGAUCACAUUGGCCUGGGUGGUCUGACCUUCCUGGUGAAUCAGCCCGUGUCCAUAGUGGAGAAUCGCUUUCACACCAUGUCCACCGUUCUGCAAUAUGCCGUCUUUGGCCAAGGACCAUUGACCAUUCUGGGCGGAGUGGAGGGAUUGGCCUAUGUGAACACCAAAUAUGCGAACAGCACGCUGGAUUGGCCGGACAUUGAGUUCCACUUUGUCUCCGGAUCGACGAACUCCGACGGGGGAUCGCAGUUGCGGAAGGCUCAUGGAUUGACCGAAGCCUUCUAUCGCGCCGUCUUCGAACCGAUUAACAAUCGCGAUGCCUGGAGCAUAAUACCCAUGUUGCUGAGGCCACGCAGUGUGGGUAAUAUCCGCUUGAGGAGUGGCAAUCCCUUCGACUAUCCGUAUAUCUUCCCCAACUAUCUAACGGAUGACUUCGAUAUGAAGACAUUGAUCGAGGGAGUCAAGAUAGCGGUGGCAUUGUCCCGAACGAAAGCGAUGCAGCGUUUUGGGUCCAGGAUUUCGAGCAUCCGGUGGCCGGGAUGCGAACAGGUGCCCCUCUUCACGGAUGCUUUUUGGGAGUGCAUGGUGCGGCGGUACACGUCCACCAUCUAUCAUCCCGUGGGCACCUGCAAGAUGGGUCCCUACUGGGACAAGGAUGCGGUCGUGGACGCCAAACUGAGGGUCUACGGGAUCCGGGGACUGCGCGUGAUCGAUGCCAGUAUUAUGCCCAAGUUGGUGUCCGCCAAUACGAAUGCACCGGUGAUUAUGAUCGCCGAGAAGGGCAGCGACAUGAUCAAGGAGUUCUGGAUCAAGAACACUAUUGUCUGAACGAAUCUUUCUUCGUAGAGUAGUUAGGCCCUAGUUUUUACGAGCUGAUUUCUUAACUGAUCAAAGAACUGAACUAAGAACUUAAAAAUCAACUCAGUCCGCAUAAAAACCUGUUUUAUUUUAACAGUGCUCUGGCAUGUUUUAUACCUCAGAACACAACACUAGUUUUGGGCUCUUAAAACUUUGCGGUUUGGUUUUUUUUGCACAUAAUUCUAAGAAAUUGAGAAAUCAGUUCAUAAAAACCAUUCAUUGAAUGUAUGUGAAUAUGUCUGGCUUUUGUGAGUGUUUAAAUGAGUGGACCAAGUGUGAAUGUCUGUGAGUGCUUGAAUUAAUUGUAAAUGUUUUAGGAAUAGAGCUGACCCAUCCAAAAUUAAUUAUAUCGAACUCUGCUCUUCCCUCUUUUUUUUUUUGAAGUAUUUUAUAAGCACUCCCUUGUAUUUAUUUUAAUUUUAUGUAAGCGCAAUAAAAACAUUCAAAUAGAGUCUUUCAAUGGUUUCUGUUAAGUUGGUCAGGAAAUGUUAUCUUAUCGCUCAAAUUUCAAUUUGUUUUUUAUUUUAUAGCUUCACUUAAUUAAACGUU